AUGCCGUCCGCACUGUGUAUCCUUUGCAUGACCUUGUUUGUGCUGUACAGCGUUUAUUCUGUGUGCGGUCUCAUGUGUUGGCAUUGUGAUUCACUGCAUGACCCGAAAUGUGUAGAUCCUUUCGACAAUCACUCGAUGCCCAUGAAGGAUUGUAAACUAGAAAAAUUGGAUACUUACCCGGGUGUGCGAGGCACAAUGUGUCGGAAAAUCCGUCAAAAAGUGUAUGGCAAAUGGAGGUUCUAUCGAAGCUGUGCUUUUUUAGGAGAACCCGGCAUUGGUGGUGAUGAACGUUAUUGUUUAAUGAGGACAGGCACUCAUAAUAUAUUCACUGAAUAUUGUACUUGCAAUUCCAGAGAUGGAUGUAACGGUGCAUCUGGCAUUUCUUCCUCUGUAUUGAGCUUUAUAUUGGCACCAGCUCUUAUAUACAGAAGAUUGAUUUAAUGUGUUCAUCAAAUAAGUAACUAAGCUUAUCAGUAUUAUGUAUAUACUAUUGAGAAAUAAUUUUUUUGUCAGGUACCUAAUCUAUUUUUAUAACGAAUUUUUUAAUAUUUGAAUUAAAAAAUAAUGAUUGAUUUCAAUCAUUGAUAUUUUUGGUACAUAUGUGUUAUUAUCCUGCGAUUACACAUACAAAUUUUAUUACUUUGACAAAUCAGGUACAUAUCUAUAUAAAUCUAU